AUGGUGGCAGCGGUGUUUGCACCCAGAUUGUUGAAAACACUCGUGGGAGACAACACUGUAAGGACCUUCCAGAGCACUGCUACAGCAUGUAUGCCUGUAUCACAUUAUCGGACUGUUAAAAGUGUGGAUUCAAGUGAAGAGAGUUUUUCUGAUUCCGAUGAAGAUAGCUCUCUCUGGAAACGCAAGCGACAGAAAUGUCUGAACCUGCCACCAAAACCAGAGCCUUUUCAGUUUGACCAGAGCAGUCAGAAGCCAGCUGUUGCUGGAGGAAAGAAGAUAAACAACAUCUGGGGAGCUGUGCUUCAGGAACAGAGUCAAGAUGCAGUGGCCUGUGAACUUGGUAUCUUGGGGAUGGAAGGCAGUAUUGACAAGAGCAGGCAAUCGGAGACCUACAAUUAUUUGCUUGCUAAGAAACUUAGGAGAGAAUCUCAGGAGUGUACAAAAGAUUUAGACAAAGAGCUAGAUGAGUAUAUGCACAGUGGCAAAAAACCUGAGUUGAGGGAAGAAGAAAAUGGGCAGAGUCAUCUCAAACGGAAGCGACCUGCCAGAGACAGACUUGGCUCCAGACUGGAAAUGGACUACAAAGGCCGAUAUGAGAUCUCAGAAGAUGAUACUCAGGAGAAAGUGGCUGAUGAAAUUGCCUUCAGGUUGCAGGAACCAAAGAAGGAUCUGAUAGCCCGAGUAGUGAGGAUAAUUGGGAACAAAAAGGCAAUUGAGCUUCUGAUGGAAACUGCUGAAGUGGAACAGAAUGGGGGUCUUUUCAUAAUGAAUGGUAGUAGAAGAAGAACACCGGGCGGAGUUUUUCUAAAUCUCCUGAAAAACACUCCUAGUAUCAGUGAAGAACAAAUUAAGGACAUUUUCUACAUUGAAAAUCAAAAGGAAUAUGAAAAUAAAAAAGCUGCUAGGAAGAGGAGAACACAACUAUUGGGGAAGAAAAUGAAACAGGCCAUCAAAAGUCUGAAUUUCCAAGAGGAGGACGACACGUCACGGGAAACCUUCGCCAGCGACACCAACGAGGCGCUGGCCUCGCUGGGCGAGCCGCAGGAAGGCCGCGGGGACGCCAGGCUGGGCGCAGACGAGGCCUUCGAGGUGGACCACUCUCACGACCUGGACAUAUUUUAAGUGCAUCGUGGACAUUUUCUACACAGUGUAGUCAACGUUUCUGCUGUCUGAUUUACUUUGUACUGACAGACAUGAGAAUCUGGAGGAGAGAGCUGUUUCUUGCUGUUAGUAAGUGUUAAUAUUAAGUGGGCAAAGGAGUGUGACAAAGUGAAGCAUUGGAGAUGCUUGUGUCUGACACAGCACCGGAAAGUGUGCAGCACAGUAUUUAACCUCUCCGUCGGCUGCAUGUGCUGAUGUGAAUUAUGACUAUUACCAGCUGAUACUUUGUUCUGACCUGGUCAUGAUAACAUGCUAUUCCAAACUUCUAUUAGGUUCUGUUUCUGAUUUGUCUUUGUGCUGAAUUAUGCUGUGGUUUCAGAACAUUCCAUUAGAGCCUGAGGGAACACUGAAUUGUUACAAAUACGUAACUAACAUAUUCAUGUUACUAUCUUCUCUGUUACUAAGAACUUGGUCCUUUGGAGUUUGGUUUGUUUGUUUAGACAUAGGAUCUCACUGUAUAUUUCAGGCUGGCCUCACACUGAAUCCUCAGCCUCCUGGGUGUUGGGAUUAUAGGUGGAGACCACACACCCCCACCCACCCCCAGAUGGUUUUAGGCAAUUCUAAGGACCAGGACCUAGAACAAGCUUCUGUUGUCUGUCCUUUCCUUUUGUUUGUUUGUGGAGAAACCAA